UGUGUGUGCCAGUGAGCGGAUCUCUGACUGAUUUGUUAUUUUUGCAUAAAUCAAUUUCGAGAGCGGGCGCCCAUCAAUUUCCGUGCGCUGCCUGGAAAGAUAUCUGUUCUAGAUGAUGUCGCAUUCGCGUCCAAAUCGAGUUCGUGGCCUGAGUCUUUCGUUUAAUCACUGAUCGCCGAGAGCGACCCUCCCUCCGCCCCCUCAUGGCUCUGACCAAUUUCUCGCUGCCUUUCGGUGCUUUGGGCCAGCCAUGGGGUGUCACCUUGGCGCCCCUGCAUCCCAUCCAUCAGUUGGCCAGCAAUACAAAUAAUCUAUUGUACUCGCCGGCGGAUCAUCAGCAGCAGCAACCCCAUCAGCAGCAGCAGCAGCAGCAAUCUCCAGCGGAUACUAAUCCGGAUUUCUACAAGAAUAAUCCCUAUGCUCCGCCACAAUCUGUGGGCGGUUAUCAAUAUCAAAACACUGGCGGUCGGCGAAAGCAAAAUAACAAUGCCUAUUUGCCACCCACGGCACCGAAUUCUGUCAGGAAUUCGGUUUAUCACAUCCAGCAGCAGGUGCAGCAGGAUCAGCAGGAGAACAGCGUGUCCUUUCAGAGUUCUAGCUCCAGAUCAAGCAGUGCCUCUGGCCAGAGCUCCAUUCAGCUGACCACACAGACCCGAGGACCGGCGGAGGGAUCAUAUUCCCGGUUUCCGGGACAGAUACAGCAACCAGGACAACAGCAGCAGCAGCCACAGCAGAAGCAGUUCUUCAAUGCCCAUGGCAGUGCCAGUGCCACUUUCACCAAGAACAGUGGCAGCUUUAGUAUUACCAGCUUUGGCAGCAGGCAACCGCAGCAACAGCAGCCACAACCACCGCAACCGCAGCUCCAACAGCCACCACCACCUGCUCCACCCCCACCGAGGGAGACACAACGCUCCAGGCAGGCCAAACCAGAGGCUCAACCUGCCCAGACCUAUGGCGUUGCUCCGCCCGAUAAUUAUCCAGAACGGGCACCGGGCUUCACAAGGGUUCAGGCUGGUCAGGGAUCCAGGACUCAGGUGCAUGCGGUGCUCGACUAUGAUGUGGAGGAGGGUGAAGAGGAAGACGAGGAGGAGGAGGAUGGAGACGAAGGACAGUACUAUGAAGGCCAGGAGAAGGAUAAGGCGAAUAAUAACAAUCAGAUGCCAACGGUGACGCCCAUCCAGGGACCGAUCUUUCUGAAAAACGGCACGGUGCCGGUGGUGCCGCUCUUUUCCUAUCCCAAGCUCAACAAUGGAUCGUUUCUUCAGAUUCCGAUCUGGUGGACGGCUUUGUCGGUGGCUCUGGGCUUGGAUGUGAGGGGCGAUGUCAUCAAGGGAGUGCCAUGCAUUAAGCGAUAUCAUCAGCUGUUCUGUCCCACGGCCGGAAAUAGUUAUCCCAUUGAAAAGAUCGAACGUUUCAUAGAUGACAACAAGGCUCUGAUGCGAAGGAUGUAUGGGGAUUUCGAGAUGAAUAUGGAGGGUCCUGGCGGCGGAGGAGGAGGACGACAACAACAGGCCAAAGUGCGGAAGCGUCGUUUUAUAGACGAACCGGAUAUAUUCAUACCACCCGGCGCCUUUGCCUCCAAUGCCGGGGAAGUCCCCGUAGAAGCUGGCGAUAGUUACUUUGGCCAACUUCGAAAAAAGCGACAAGCAGCCGCUGGAGGAAGUCGCAAUCGAGGCAAUGGAGCAGGAGCCGGAGGAGGAGGAGGUGGAUCCAGUGGGAAUAGCAAUGCCAAUAGGACUCCAGGUGGCAAUGGGAAUGGAAAUUCGGGGACGGGAAGACUUGAUGCCUGCGAGUCGAAAAUAGAAAUUGUCACACCUUAUUGGGCCUCAAAUUCGGCGGGGAAAAUCCGAGCCAUUGUGAAUACACAGCACUUUGAGCAGGCCAUACAUCAGGAGGUGUGCAGCAAUACCCAAACCCCGCGUUGCGAGGGCGAAUGUGGUUGCGAGCAAAAGUACAAAUGGCAUCGAUUGCUCGCCUAUGAUCCCGAUAACGAUUGCAAGGGCAUCUUUAUGGAUUGGUUCCUGUUUCCUUCGUGCUGUGUCUGUAGAUGUAAUCCCUAGAAAACACCUCUCUGACUCUGAGCAAUUAACAAUAUAAUAUAUAUAUAAUAUGAAACAUAUCAUAUAUCAGUUGCUAAAUGCAAUUGAGACAAGUAUAAUCGUAGGUAGAAUGCCACUGAAUGUAUUUUAGUUGUUGUUAAGAUAGAACCUAAUCGGUAGCUCUAAUUAAGAUCGAUUCAGCAUAAAUUAGCUAGGGUUUUAAUACGAGCCAUAUCCCUCCAUCAAAAUGCGAUAUAACUCAACCUCCAUUCGUCUUGUUGUACUGUAAUUGUAAUUGUAGUUGUAAUCGUAAAUCUAAUUGUAAUUGUAAACGUAAUUGUAAAAACGAAUCAAGUGAAUAAAGCCUAUGCAAAUAUCGUA